AUGAGCGGUUGGGAAAACUUAUAUAAUAUUGCAACAGGUGAUUAUCAUAAUGAAAACCUCAAGGAUUCAUACGAUAACUAUUUGAAAACUGCCAAUGCGUUACUUUAUAAACUAGGAAAUGAGGUUACUUUCAUCAGCAGAGAAAGUAUUAAAUCAAAACCCCAUAAUAGUGCUCGUUUGUUUAGUCAACUUAAAACAUGUGUACAAAAAUUAGAAGAUAUUCUUCAAAAUAAAGUUACAGUAGGCAACCUCCCUUCUCCACAACCUUCUUCCAUUUCUGAUUUUGCUCCUACAUUAAAAAACACAACUCCAACACCAUUACAUUUACCGCUUAUUCCAUUUUCUCCUCUAUCAAGAAAUGUAUUACAAUAUUCUCAAGAUCUAGAUGCGGCUAAAGAAAAAAUCAGUAAUAUCAAACAACGAAAUCCUCAAAGAAAAAAUGAUGAUGAUGACAAUUCUCAUCUUAGUCAGCUUCGUAGCAUAGAGGACGAAAUAAGAACCAUCGAAUCAAAAGCUGAAAAGCUCAACAAAGAAAUCAACUUGGUUUCUGAAGUAAAUUUACUUUACUGGGAUGCUGAUGUUAUUGCAGCGCAGUUGACGAUAAUUGAUUGUGAUCUAUUUAGAAAAAUUGAUUUCAAAAAAGAUUUUCAAACAAAAGAUAAAAAAAAUUCAAAACCACAAGCUUGUCUCGAUUUUCAUCGUUAUCUAACCAACAGUUUUUCACAUCAGCUUAUCACUUUUGAUAAUGUCAAAUCAUCUGGAAGUCUUUCACGUGGUAAUGGCGCCCAGCAUCCACGUGAAAGUAUAAUUGCUCAUGCUGUAAGAAUAUCUUAUUACCUGUUAAACGUUUAUCGUAAUUUUAAUAGCUUUGCUGCAAUAAUUAAAGCUUUGAUAUCACCAGAAGUGCGCAGAAUACGUAGGUUAUGGAGUAACAUACCUGCUCGCACAAAUCAAAUCCUAAAAGAAUUAUCCAACCACAUCAAACCAGACAAUGACUACAGUGCAUACAAGGAAAUUUUAUUUCAAAAAUUAGAAUCAUUCCGUGAAGGGAAUCAAGAAACGGUAGUUAUCCCAUGGAUGCAACCUCAUUAUGAGGAAAUUAAGCAAAUCAAUCAAUCUUACGGCACUGGAAAAUCAGGUGGCGACUCUUCAGAAAUUGUACUCUCCCCUCCAGGUGCUCGUAAAUCAAUGUUGAUUUGCUCAUUGCUUGAACAAUGUCAAUUAAAUAUCAUUUCACAAGAACUGGAUGGCGAUGAGCUAGCUUUCAGCCGCAAGACCACCGCUAACACCUCUACCUCUCGUACAAUCAACAUAGAUGGUGUGAAUAUUAAGCUACCAUAUGAUCUUUCAAAGCUAGGAGUGGGAAAUUUAAGUGUACAUCAUUGGCUUGUAUCACGUGUUUACCUUAAUAAACAACAAUUGAUUGAUGAAAAAACAACUAUUGAUCCAUAUGAUACUAUGUUUGAAAACAAUCAAAAUAACAACAACAAUAAUGAUAACCGCACUUCUAAAACAGCAGCAAUACAAAUUCCACAAACAAAUAAACCAACAAGUACUUUCGUCUCACCUGCCCCCAGCCUUAAUCCAAAUGCAUCAGUAUUUAUCCCUCGAUCACACAAUAGCCUUACCAGUCCAUCACCGGGACCAUUGCCAGACAUGGAUAAUAGAAUGAGGGAAGAAGGAUAUAAAAAUCUCAUCUAUCAACAAUUUGAUGAAAAUAAAAAGGUUGGUGAUAUUUCUGAUAAUAGAAAAAAUGGUGAUAAUUCUGACGAUAGUGAUGUAGAUGAUGUUGAAGCUGACGAAGACGAUGUUUUGAGCGAUGAUUUACUAACAUUUCCAGAUUUGGAAAACAAAAUCCAUGUAGAAAAAAUAGAUGAAGAAAAAGAAAUUGAAAAUUUUGUAGUUAUUAAUCCAACAGUAGAUUAUACACCACCUGAAUGUAUACUUUGUUGUGUACAGAUCUUGGUGUUUUGA